GGCUCCUUGAGCCCAACAGCCCGAGAUUGGGGUCCCCGUGCCUCCCGGACUCCUCUCUGCUCACAGCGUCCCCGCAGCCGGACCCCAUUUCACCCUCCAGCCUGGGGGACCGGCCUCUCAGGUCCCGCCGCCCAGGUCCCAGCGCGCAGAAUGGAUAUGAACUUUGAGGAUGUGGCCAUUGCCUUCUCUCAGGAGGAGUGGGGUCUCCUUGAUGAGGCUCAGAGACGUCUGUACUGCGAUGUGAUGCUGGAAGUGUUUGCACUUGUGUCAUCUGUAGGUUGUCGGCAUAAAAUGGAUGAUAAGGAGGCCUGUUCUGAGCAGAGUGUAUUUAUACAAGGAGAGUCACAGGUCAGGGCUUCUAAGACAGCUCCAGCCACUCAGAAGACCCAUCUGUGUAAGCAGUGUUUCUCUGUGUUGAAAGAUAUUUUGCACCUGACUGAGUCACACGCAGCAUACUUUGAGCAGAAAGCCUUCAUUAGUGACGCAUGUGUUGGAGACUUCUGUUUCAGUGCAAACCCUCACCAGCAACAGCGGAAUGAAUGCAGGGAGGAGCCCUGGGAAGAAGCUAUGGACGGGGCCUCCUUUGUGAGCAGGUGCAGCCUCUCCUUAUCUUCGGUGCCUUCAACCAGCAGGGAGGUUGGGGAAGACUUGCUAUACAACUCAGAGCUUCCCCAGCACCAGGUAACUCUCAACACUGAGGAGCUGCAUUGCGGCAGUGAGAUUUCACAGGAAUUUCUUGAUGGAAAAAGUCAUCACCAGUGGGGUGAAUCUGAAAACAUUGGCAGCGACAACUGGAAUGUUAUUCAAUGUGAGGGUGUCUCUUCUGGAGAACUGAUUUAUGAGAGUAACAAAUGUAGGAAAGUGUUUAGACGAAACUUUAACCUCAUUCGACAUAAGAGAGUUCACACUGGAGAAAAGCUGUAUGAGUAUAGUGAUUGUUGGAAAUCUUUCAGACAUAAGUUUAACCUCAAUCAACAUGACAAAGUUCACACUGUAGAAAAGCCAUAUGAGUGUAGAGAAUGUGGUAUGUCCUUUCGUCGAAGGGCUUACCUCACUAGACAUCAUAGAGUUCACACUGGAGAAAAGCCGUAUGAGUGUAGAGAAUGUGGGAUGUCCUUUCGUCGAAGGGGUCAGCUCACUGUACACCUCAGAGUUCACACUGGAGAAAAACCCUAUGAGUGUAUACAGUGUGGGAGGUCCUUUCGUCAAAGGGCUCAACUCACUGCACACGUCAGAGUUCACACUGGAGAGAAGCCAUAUGAGUGUAAUGAAUGUGGGAAGUUCUUCAGAGAAAGGGCUACACUCAUUAACCACUAUAGAGUUCACACUGGAGAAAAGCCAUAUGAGUGUAGAGAAUGUGGGAUGUCAUUUCGUCUAAGGGCUCACCUCACUUACCACCUCAGAGUUCAUACUGGAGAGAAGCCCUACGAGUGUAGACACUGUGGGAUGUCCUUUCGUCAAAGUGCUCAACUCACUGCACACCUCAGAGUUCACACUGGAGAGAAGCCAUAUGAGUGUACUGAAUGUGGUAAGUUCUUCAGUAUAAGAACUACACUCAUUAAACACCAGAGAGUUCACACUGGAGAAAAGCCAUAUGAGUGCAGUGAUUGUGGGAAGUUUUUUAGUGAUAAGUCUUACCUCAAACAACACCACAGACUUCACACUGGAGAAAAGCCCUAUGAGUGUACCGAUUGUGGAAAGUUUUUCAGUGCAAAAACUAAACUCAUUAAACACCAGAGAGUUCACACAGGAGAAAAGCCCUAUGAGUGUACUGAUUGUGGAAAGUUCUUCAGUGAAAAAACUAAACUCAUUAAACACCAUAGAGUUCACACUGGAGAAAAGCCGUAUGAGUGUAGAGAAUGUGGUAUGUCCUUUCGUCGAAGUGAUCACCUCACUGUACACCUCAGAGUUCACACUGGAGAGAAGCCAUAUGAGUGUACUGAAUGUGGCAAGUCUUUUAGGCAAAACUCUAGCCUUAUUCAUCAUUUGAGAGGUCACACAGGAGAGAAGCCAUAUGAGUGUAGUGAUUGUGGGAAAUCCUUCAGUUAUAAGUCUCAUCUCAAACAACACCAGAGAGUUCAUACUGGAGAAAAGCCGUAUGAAUGUAGACAAUGUGGGAUGUUCUUUCGUCAAAGUGCUCACCUCACUGCACACCUCAAAAGAGUUCACACUGGAGAGAAGUGUUAAACAUGCAGGGAAUGUUUUAUUUUUCUCACUUAGAAUAACAACACUGAAGGAUACUCUUUAAGACCUAUUGUCCUGAAUUAAAAUCCCUUUUACUGGAAAAUACACUCUGCUAGAUUCCUGCUAAGUUUCUGGUACAAGUGAGGCUUGAAGGAGCUGCAUUGCACUUGCUAACAUGCCCAGAUCUAACGCCUGAUUGAUUUGUGGUUGAAGAGAUUUCACCUCUGUCACCUGGCUCACCUGAAGAGUGUGUAUCAGUCCCAACCCCUGCAUUCUCAAGUUAAAUGUAUUCUGUUCUCACGUGUGCUUGAGAAAAUUAUGAUUACUCCAGCUCUUGACAGGAUCUUCAUUCCUUUCUCUCUGAUGAGGGAAUACACCUGACUGAGGGUUCUUCCAGGGCACCCAUCCUCAGCUAAGAAAUGCUGCCUCAGCCACACAGUGAUUCUCUCUGGUUGAUGUUUCCACUUCCCUCUCCCUUCCUCUCUGAAAUCAAUAAAAAUAUAUUUAAAAAAAGAAGUGCUACCUCUUUCAGGGACAUGUGGUUCUCAAAUUAUGCUGUGAUGAAUUGUUUCAGGUUCUAAUUCAAGCUGCCAACCGCUUUCUGUCCUCUAUUCUGGUUUACGAUCUUUUAGUAAAGGUGUUUUUUCUUUUGUACCUUUAUUUUUUUGGUUAUAUUCACUUCCAGGGAUGAUUUUCAAGCACAAUUGUGAUGAUCAUCAUGUAGAGUUAUCAGAUAUUGUUUGGAUACCAACAUUUCUGUGUUUUAAGAGGGACAGCAAAUCACUCUUCAACCAGUACUGGCAUAUAGUGCAUUGCUGCCCAGGGCCUUGAAAGACUGCAUGAUUUGGUAGUUCUAAUUUGUAGGUUUGAUCCCAGCCCCUAUGGGGCUAUGUAGGAGGCAUCUAAUUUUUUCUUCUCUCUCACAUUGAUCUCUCUGUCUCAAUCUCUCUGUUCCUCUCCCCCUUCUCUUGUGCUCACUAAAAAUCAGUGGGAAUAUAUCCUCAAAUGAGGAUUACCAAUAAAACUCAAACAUUCACCCCAGUGCCCUGAGGAGGGGCCUCUGCCUACACAACUCAACUUUCUUCACUCUUUCCUGCUUUUGCCUGGGAUGUUCCCACUGCAGCUGGGUACACUGUGUCCUUCCCAGGGUUUGGUAGGGAGGAACCCAAGGCAAGCCCCUGGAAGGGAUUUGGGUUCUGUGUCUGCCUGAGAGGUGGUGUCCAGGGGUCUUUUGUCUCCAUCCAGAGGUCCCUCCAGCCUGCUCUUUCCCCUUCUCCCAGGCGCCUGGCUCUCUGCAAAUGAACCUAGUUUUGUAUCUUGGAGGAGCCACCUGUUGCUUUGGGCCCCCAAAUCAGUUCACCUUUAAAAAAUCCUGCCUCCAGCCAACCCACUCACACCCCUGAGACCCACUGGUGUUUGAGUCUCUUUUCUUCAUUUUAGGUAUUAUUUUGCACUUGAAUUGUAUUAAAAAUGAAGCAUGCCUCUCCCCCACCCCCUCACCCAGCUAGUCCUGGAGGUAACCCUGAUUCUCCAGGAUAUGAUGUUGUGUAUUUUCA